AUGAAAAAUAGAACAUCAGUGACAGAUUUCAUCCUCCUGGGUCUGACUGAUAUUCCAGAAUUACAGCUUGUGAUUUUCUUCUUUCUGCUUUUCACCUAUUUACUGAGUGUUACUGGAAAUCUCACUAUCAUCAUUCUUACCCUGCUGGAUUCCCACUUGAAGACUCCCAUGUAUUUUUUCCUCAGAAAUUUUUCCUUAUUAGAAAUUUCAUUUACUUCUGUCUGUAAUCCUAGAUUUUUGAUCAGCAUCCUCACUGGAGACAAAUCUAUUUCUUAUAAUGCUUGUAUAGCUCAGGUAUUUUUCUUUAUCUUCCUUGGUGCAACAGAGUUUUUUCUUUUGGCAUCCAUGUCCUACGACCGCUACGUGGCCAUCUGCAAGCCCCUCCACUAUACCACCAUCAUGAGUAACAAGGUCUGCUACCAGCUGGUCAUUUCCUCUUGGCUGGCUGGGUUCUUGGUGAUCUUCCCACCACUCAUCAUGGGCCUUGAGCUGGAUUUCUGUGACUCCAGGGUCAUUGACCACUUCACCUGUGACUCUGCUCCUUUGCUGCAAAUCUCCUGCACCGACACAAGUACCUUAGAGCUCAUGAGCUUCGUUUUAGCUGUGAUUACUCUUCUGUCCACUUUGAUGUUAGUAAUUCUCUCCUACUCUUACAUUCUCAGAACAAUUUUAAGAAUCCCCUCGGCCCAACAAAGGAAAAAGGCCUUCUCAACCUGUUCUUCCCAUAUGAUUGUUGUCUCGAUCUCGUAUGGAAGUUGCAUCUUCAUGUAUGUGAAAACAUCACCAAAGGAAGGAGUUGCAUUGACCAAAGGGGUAGCUAUGCUGAACACCUCUGUGGCUCCUAUGCUAAACCCAUUUAUUUACACCUUAAGGAAUCAGCAGGUGAAACAAGCUUUUAAAGAUGUUGUGAGAAAGAUGUUUUCCUCAAAAACAUUGGUCUGA